GAAAUGCCUGCGUGCAUCUGUGCGUCCAUGUGUGAUGCCUUUUUCCAUCCACACUUUCUGUGGUCUGACUUAUUGACAAGUCUACACGUAGACCCCCUCUUGUAGAUCAAUGGCCCAUGAAUGGUCUAAUUUGAUUGCAACUCAUCGGGGGGGAUCAGCCCAUUGUCAGCCCCCGCCGUCAGUGAACGGGUCAUUGGGGCGAAAUAGGCACAGAUACCUGCAUGAAUGGCUGGACGGCUCGAAUUGCUACUGCCUCAGGUAUGCGUCGGCCGUAUGCUGGUGUGGUGGAAGCCUGGCUUUCUUGGCGUCAAUUAGCCCACUGCACUGCUUGAUGUCCACGCCGUCUGCGUCACCAUCACUUCACAUGGCCUGUACACACACAUGAAUGUGGCUGUAUGAAUGGGGCUGUCUAUGGCUUGGCUGACCUCAGGCAGCAGGGUGUAGGGCCUGUGGCGAGGGGCUCUGACGGCCUGGUCGUUGGUCGUGGGCAGCAGCAACAGAGACAAGUAACCGUCAGUCACUGUCAGUCGGCACACACACACAGCCACGCACAUCCGUCCAUGUGUCCACACACACGAUCCACACACAGUCGCCAAGACAUCACACACGUCGUGCAGUGACACACACGCGAGAGUCCACCCAGUAGGCCUACCUGGUCGGAUAAUUGCAGCAGCAGGUUGAUUCGGAUGGCCCUUCCGCGGAAGACAACAAGAUCACCCGUUGCUUAUACGUUGCCUCGCCUCAGACUCGGCCAUCGGCGCACUGCAGUGAGAGCCACAGAUGGACACAUAACAGAAAGCGAUACAUCCACUCAUUGACAAGUGCCUCCGUCUGUCUGUCUGUCUGCCUGUGUGUCUGUCUGUCUGUCUGCCUGUGUGUCUGUCUGUCUGUCUGUCUGUAUGCCUGCCGGUGUUCUGCUCACCUAGCUGCCUUCUCAUGCGGGAAAAGACUGAACACCCAUCUCGUGGCGUCCAACAGGAUGUCUGCACGUACAACAGGCGCACCAUCCACGCACCUGUCUUGCGUGUCACGACGUCCUCACAUCUCACUCACCUGGCGCGUCUAUUUCGAUGCGGAUGGGAUUGUCCCAGGUCCCCUCAGAUGGCUCGAAAACGUCCGUCACCAGGUCAUCAGUGAGACGGUUGCGCGUGAACAGCUCCUCUGCGCCAUUGUUCACGUAAGUAAAGCGUGGCGGCAACGGUAUGAUGUCCUCCUUGAACCAGACGUGUGGGAUGGCUGCCCGAGCCUUCACAUGCUCUACGAUGGCUGCGGUGAAUGUCAGGAUGCCAGUUUCGUCGAGAUAUGGCACUCUGAACAGGGAGACCAGCCGGUAGGGCUUCCGUAGCCUACUCCUCUGCCACACGUCCACCCACUUGUAGUGAAUCAUCGCAACCACCACCCG